CACUUUGUACAUUCAGUAUUCCUUUGACACACAUUGCUCUGUAUCAGUGUGACUCAGCUUCAGCCAUGGCAGAUCAUUCUCAUCCCACUGUUCUAAUGAAUGAUGGCGGCAAGAUUCCAGUUAUUGGGUUUGGGACGUACGCUCCAGAAUAUAUCCCGGUCUCCCUCUCUGAACAAGCCACCGAAGUUGCCAUCGAAGUUGGCUUCCGCCACAUUGAUGGAGCGCAUCUGUAUCAGAAUGAAAAAGAAGUGGGUCGAGCCAUCCAGAAGAAAAUUGCAGAUGGGACUGUAAAAAGGGAAGAUCUCUUCUACACAGGAAAGUUGUGGUCGACAUUUCACUCACCAGAGCUGGUAGAACCUAAUGUGAGGCAAUCCCUGGAGACUCUCCAACUGGAUUAUAUGGAUCUCUUCCUCAUCCACUGGCCAUUUUCACUUAAGCCCGGAGGAGAUCUGAUCCCCAUGGAUGAAAAUGGAAAAGCUCAGCUCGAUACCACAACAGACCUGUGUGCUAUAUGGGAGGCCAUGGAAAGAUGUAAGGAUGCUGGGCUGGUGAAAUCUAUUGGAGUCUCCAACUUUAACCGUCGGCAGAUAGAGAAAAUUCUUAACAAGCAUGGACUGAAGUAUAAGCCUGUGUGCAACCAGGUUGAAUGUCAACCAUAUCUGAAUCAAAGCAAACUGCUAGAGUUCUGCAAAACAAAAGACAUCCUGCUGACUGCGUACAGUGUCCUGGGCUCACACAGACACAGGGACUGGGUAGAUCAGAACUAUCCAGUACUACUGGAAGAUCCAGUCUUAGCCGAAAUUGGAAAGAAGUACAAUAAGACACCGGCAAACAUCGCUAUUCGCUACCAGAUUCAGCGUGGAGUGGUGCCCAUCACCAAAAGUUAUAACCCUGAUAGGAUUAAGGAAAACUUCAAGGUUUUUGACUUUGAGCUGACUCCCGAAGACAUGAAAACUCUUGACGGGAUGAACAGAAACCUUCGUUAUGUGGAUAUUCCACUAUUUUCCGACCAUCCGGAGUACCCUCUGCACGAUGAGUAUUAAAGAGAAAUUUUGACACUCAAUAUCUAUCACUCUGGGCAAGAUCUGUAACAGAACAAUUGUAAUAAAAUAAAAUAAAGUGUGAUAGGAAAUACUACCAUGUCUAAUGUGAUACUAGAAUCUGUUCCUAAAAAGCCUUUGCUUGUCUAUAAAACAAGUAUGGACAUGUUUUAUACAAAUGUUCACCCUGUAAUAAAAAAAUGAUUUGUAGAAA